CCCCACCCUUGUUCCGGGGACACGACUCGGCUCCGGCCCGCCUAAAGGGCCCCGACUCGGCCGCCCCAUUCUUCCCGGGGCCCCCUCCCCCACCCGCGGCCAACCCCGCCCCCACUCCCGCCCCCCACCCGUGGGGAGGAAGUCCUUCGGGCCCGCGUUUUGGCGCCAGCGCUGACGCCGGCGCGGCGGAGUCCUAGCCUAGUCCAGUACAGCCCGAGCCUACGCGGCCCCGGGCUUUCGGCAGCUGCAUCCGCGGCCGCCCUCCGCCCCCCCUCGCCCCAGUCCCGUCUUCCUCUCCGGGGACCGCACCGCGGCCCGCGACGUAAAAGCUCUUCCAGUCUGCAAUAAAAAAUGGCCUCCAAUAAAACUACAUUGCAAAAGAUGGGCAAGAAACAGAAUGGCAAGAGUAAGAAAGUGGAGGAAGCAGAACCAGAGGAGUUUGUGGUGGAGAAGGUGUUGGACCGGCGAGUGGUGAACGGCAAGGUGGAAUAUUUCUUGAAAUGGAAAGGCUUUACAGAUGCCGACAACACAUGGGAACCCGAGGAAAACCUCGAUUGCCCAGAGUUAAUCGAAGCAUUUCUGAACUCUCAGAAGGCUGGUAAAGAAAAAGAUGGAGCAAAGAGAAAGUCAUUGUCAGACAGCGAGUCGGACGACAGCAAGUCAAAGAAGAAGCGCGAGUCUCUGGUAGAGGCAGAAGUUCCAGGACAGAACGAGACCUUGAUGGAGUCUUGUCUCUUACGACAGGCUGAUAAGCCUCGAGGUUUCGCACGGGGCCUGGAUCCAGAGCGAAUCAUUGGUGCUACAGACAGCAGUGGAGAACUAAUGUUUCUCAUGAAGUGGAAAGACUCCGAUGAGGCCGAUUUGGUGCUGGCCAAGGAAGCAAAUAUGAAAUGUCCUCAGAUAGUCAUUGCCUUCUAUGAGGAACGGCUGACCUGGCACUCUUGUCCUGAAGACGAAGCACAAUAAUCAUUUGUGUUGCUUUUUAAAUAUAGAUAUACACAUAUACAGUGCCUAUAUGUGUAUAUCUAUUUUAAAAUCUGGAUCUCAGUUGCAUUCUUUGAUUUGUUAGCAGUGUGAGCACCAUCUACAUCUAAUGAGAACUGAGUUGGGUAGGUUUUAAAGUAGGUUUUUGUUUUUGUUUGGUUUGUUUUUUGUUUGGGCUGGUUUUUAUUUUGCAUCAACAGCACUGGUAACUGAACAAGUAAAUACAAGCUUUCUGCAUUUACUUAACAUUUAUCACAGAAGAGAGAGCAUUUGAUACUAUGGAAUUAUUAACUUCCUCCACAGUAGAGAAAAACUUUUAUAAAUACUGAUUAAUACCUUCUGUAGUCACUACUCUGAAUCCUAAGAGAUGUUUAGCCCCCAUGUAUGCCUAAGGUUAGCUGUCCGAGAAAAUAUUGUGUCCGUGUAGAUUUGACGUUCACUCAAAAACCCAACUUCUUAAAGGUUACAGUUUCCACCUAGAGGUAAAUCCAUUGAAAGGUUGCUUCCGGCAGCCAUUCCCCACGAUUGCUUGGUUCUGAGGAGCCUGAGAACUGGGCUGCCUUUGCUUUUCCAAACACUAACUUUUUGAACAGAAGAGAAUGAUUGUGUAUCACUUGGAAUCUUGCUGGAGUGUUCGUGGUGUGCUCGAUUUCUGGACCCCAUUAAGGUGGCCACUUGAGCAUCUUCCCUGGGGACACAGGCAGCCCCAAACAGACAGGGGACGACAACUCCACGUCCACCCGAAGCCUUCUCGGUCAUUUCUGGGUGGACGAGAGCCCUGAUUGCCAGGACUUGGCAGGGGGGCACGUGCUGGGGCGGGGCCUGACAUCUCGGUUGUCGAUGCUGCCCAGUCUCAGCUUAGGAACAUGCCCGGGUAAAUGCUGCCGGAACUUGUUUGAACAUUUACCUACAAUGUUGAAGUAGAACCAUUUUGGCCUUGAUUUUCAGAGAAAAAACUUGGACUUCUUGCUUCAGAAAGUUGGGGUGCCCCAUCUUGUUUUACUAACCAAAGGGUCCUCUUAAUCAUGUAGUAACAUCCCCAUCUGCUGGAACUGAAAUAUUCUGCCCAAAGGGCAGGCAUUUGGGGGGGGUUGUGUUUUUCUAACUAUGGGCAUAAAUGGGGAAGCGAACGUACCCAUGUUAUGUAGUCUUCUAUCCUUGACGUGCAUGUUUUUCCUUCUUUAUCCCAACCAUCCCUUCAAAGUAGGACCAGCCUUUUGAGCAUUUGGGUCACUUGGCUCCGCAGGAGUCAGGGAAAAAAUAACUUUGUAGUCAUUGGAAUGUUAUACAACUGUAUAUUGUUUACUUUAUUGUAAAUACUGGUGAACAGUGGUCAAUAAAUAGUUUUAUAUUCUUCCUUUA